AUGCAUCCCGAUAAACGCGGCAAGGGCAAAGGCAAAAGCUCCUCCUCUGCGGGGGAGCCCUCCUCCAGCCGCCACAAUGGACAACCCUCCUCAGGCGACGCCACCCCCGGCCACCGCGGCAUGGCCCCAGGAUAUAUGACCGUCGGCUCUGGAUCGACACCCGAGGCCGCCGCCCGCCUGGUGUCUAUGCUCGACGAGGACUCUGGGUACGGCGGCAGCAUGAUGGAAGGCGAUUCUGCCUCGUCGUGGCGAGCUAAUAUUGGCGAGGACAGGCCGUCGCAACCACCCUCAACCAUCCUCAACGGCGAAGCGAGCUCGUCGGAGCACGACAAGCAACGCAGCCAUGUGUUGCAGCUGCGGUACAACCAAAACAAGAACGCACUUGGUCGUGCCAUCCACGGCACCAUCGACACAUUGAAGAGCUUCCAAGAGAUGAACCUGAAAUGGCCGGCCCACUACCCCUCCGUGCAAGUCACCGAGGUCCAAAAACACACUCAGUCUGCCAUUGGCGACUUCGACCCGAACAUGCGUUCACCGGAACGUCCACGCGGACCGAGGCGGGCGGGUACGACCAUAGGAGACGACCCUGUCCCAGGGCCGAGCACAGAGCCGGAGCCAGAGAAGGAAGCACCACGACUCGUGACCCCACAGUUGGCCCAGGACUUCUCUGUACUGAAGCUGGAGCUACGAAUGGGCGGCCGAACACAGACGGACCUGGUGCAUUCACUAGAGAAGAGCUCAAUUGCUUCUCUGCUGGACGGACAGAUACAGCAGAGCGUUCGCCACUUGUACGCUCUCAAGGAACGAAUUGAGGAUACCUCAAGCAAAGUGCUAGUGACUGGAGAUCUCAAUGCCGGAAAGUCCACCUUUUGCAACGCCCUCCUUCGCCGCAAAGUCCUGCCCGAAGACCAACAGCCGUGUACUAGCAUAUUCUGUGAGGUACUCGACUUCAGAGAGAACGGCGGCGUUGAGGAGGUCCACGCCAUCCCCCACGGCUCAACGUACAACCGUCAUGACGAGAGCACCUACGUUGUCUUCGACCUCAAGGAUCUGGAAAAGAUUGUCAUCGACAACGAUCGCUUCUCGCAGUGCAAGAUCUACAUCCAGGACAUUCGCGGAGUAGACGAGUCCAUCCUCAACAACGGAGUAGUGGACAUCGCACUUAUUGAUGCACCAGGUCUCAACGCCGAUUCCGUCAUGACCACCGCAGUUUUUGCCCGCCAGGAAGAGAUCGACGUGGUGGUCUUUGUCGUUUCUGCAGCAAAUCACUUUACCGAGUCGGCCAAGAACUUCAUCUUCAACGCGGCUCGCGAGAAGGCAUACAUUUUCAUGGUCGUCAACGGAUUCGAUGUCAUCCGUGACCAAGAGAGAUGUCAGGAGAUGAUCCUCAAGCAGGUCCACGGCCUGAGCCCUGCAACUUUCAAAGAGUCGAGCGAAUUGGUACAUUUUGUAUCCAGUAAUGCGAUACCGAUGGGCGGAAGUGGAAGUGGAAGCUCGCCUCCGGAUGACGAUGGUGACGAUGACCCGAACGACAAAGGCAAGGGCAAGGAAGCUGAGAAGAGGCGGGACUUUGGCGAGCUUGAGACCUCGUUGAGACGGUUCGUGUUGGAAAAGAGGGCCCGAUCGAAGCUGGCCCCGGCUAAGACGUAUCUACUCAACGUUCUCGGAGACAUGAACAAUUUGGCCACAGUCAACCGAGAUGUCUCACAGUCAGAGCUGGAUCGCGUGAAGAAAGAGAUCGAAGCUCUCGAGCCGGAGUUUGAAGAGUCGAAGAAGUCAAGAGUGGAGGCUGGCGAGGCCGUGGAGCGUAUGGUCGAAGACACCACUUCAGACGUCUACGGCUACACACGCGACACAUUGAACAGCUGCAUCCAAAAGGUGGGCGAGCAAGAUCUGGGUAUCGAGUACCCUGGCCUCUUCUCCGCCUACCAAUAUGCCGAGGAUAUCAGAGACUCCAUGCUCCACGAAGUUUCGGAAACAGUCCGCCUUUGCGAGGAGCAUGCAAGAACACAAACCGUGCAGGGCUACAAUGCCAUCAAGAACAUUGGCGUCCUCCAUCUCGGCAACAACCUGUAUGCGGACGUCAUGUUCCGUCCGGAGAGGAUGUUCAAGAAGUCGGUUCACGCUCUGGCUCGUCAGGUGGACAUUGACAUCGAGCUUUGGGACUUCUUCGAUGUCGCCAGCCUCUGGGAGCGACAAGAGAAGGUUGCAGGUACCAGUAUGGCUGUCACAGUUGCCGGUAUGGUCGGCGGCCGAUUGAUGGGCGGCGCUGGCUGGCUCGAUGGCGCACUCGGUGCUGCCAAGAUCAUGGGCACGAACAACAUGAAGAGACUUUUGGUUCCUGGUCUCAUCGCUGGUCUGCCAAAGUCGCUGCCCCACCGACUCAGUGCAAAGCUCUCUCAACAGCUUGCAGCCAUCGACUACACACAUCAGAACGCCCUCCGCAUCAGCUCUGAGAUCCGUCGCGCCCUCAAGGGCCCCGCGAACGAUGUUCGCAUCGGUCUUCAGCGAAACGUCGAGAAGCUCCAGAACAAGAAGGAGCAGACGACCAAGUUCAAGGCUGAGGCUGAAGUCGCCCGCAAGUACUUUGGCAACUUGGUCCGCAGCAGUAAUGACCUGCGCCAGACGGUCCACGACACCACCGCCCUGAUGGAAGCGAGAAGGGAUCCGCGAUCCUUCCUUUUUUUCAUCAUCCUCCUCCUCCUGAUCAACUCGCCCGAACCGCAACAGCCCACCUUCAACGCACGCGCACGCUACGAAGAGCUCGUCCAGCGCGAAUACGACCACCUCGGGGUCCUGAACAGCACGCAAUAUGGUGAUUUCGAUCCGCGCAAUGAGAAAUGGCUGAAUGUCACGGGGCUGAGGAAGGAGGAUGGGUUUGCGUGGGACAUGCUAGAGCCGGUGAGGCAAAGGGCGAAAGCGAUGGGCGAGAGGGUGCUAGGCGACAACGCAUACGACGGCCACGAUGUCCCCGUCUACAAGAAUCUCUCAGGCUAUGUCCAAGGCGAAUGGGUGCGCUCGCCACUCAGUCAAGUCCGGCAUCCCAUCGACAUGGGCAACUCGUCGAUGAACCCCGACAGUCCGUUCGCGCAGCUCAUGGAGUACGAUCGCAAUCUCACGGGCCAUGCGGGGUCGAUUAGAGUGCAUUUCACCGAGCUCGAGGGCAUGAUGCGAACGGACAAGAAUAAGACGACUUCGGAGAUCAGUGCAAAGGUGGUGAUUGGCGACGAUGAUAGUUUUGGCGGGAAUUGGUGGGAGUUUAUCGCGCAUGGCGUGCAUUUCCUGAAGAGUGGGACCGCGGUACUGACGACGACGAGUGAUCGUUAUGCGGGCAUUUUUGGUCUGCCGCAUCUCAUGUUCGAUCAGAGGUUGUUUGAUGCGAGUCAGUCGUUUUUGAAUCGCACGAUUCUGGAGACGAUUGAGCGGCAGCAGAAUCGCGCGUUUCCGCUGUGGAAUCCUUGGACUUCGUCCGCGGAUGGGGGGAAUGAGGGGCUGUUUCAGGGACAUCAUUGCGAGGUCGUGGUGUACCUGCAAGAGGCUCCGGUUGCGAAUGGCAUUGACACGGCAUGGCUUGAACACGAGAUGCGGUACCCGACUGGAGCGCCGAUGCCGAAACAGCUUUCGAAACAGAUGAGCAUGGUCGCCUUUUCGCCGGAUUGCGGCUUUGUUAUCGAGUCCAAAGGACCACCAGACUUUCCGCCGUCGGAAGCAUACCAUCUCGUUGGUUCCAAGACGGAGCAGUUCAACGAUCGGGCAAGGCAUGGAAUCAUAGCCUUUGCCAUGAGUCUUGCUUUCCAGCUCUACUUUCUCAUACAGCAGAUGAAAGAGACGGCAACGCCAUCAAUGCGCAGCAGAGUUAGCUUCUACACUAUUGCUACCAUGGCUUUAGGAGACGGCUUCACGUUUUUGAUACUGGUUUUCAUGUAUCUUUUCCUGGGAACAUCUCAACUGGCCUUGUAUAGCAUCGCCUUUUUAGCGCUCUUCUCGGUCUUGACACACCUACGAUUCCUGAUGGAUAUCUGGGGCGUCCAAGCUGCUGAGCGUGAACGACAGAACAGACAGCAAGCUGCAGCGGCAGCACUCUCCACACCACAACCUCCUGUCGCUCCAACUCCGCCCGUAGCCCCAGUACUGAACUCCCUUCCUCUGCCAGCAACAGCCCCUCGUCCGCGUCCGCCAACACCCAUCAUCAUCGCCCCCGACCAAGACGACGACCUAGAUGAACCUACACCCACACCAGGAAACAACACCACAACAACAACUACAAACCCUCGAGCCGAACUUGGCGCUCUCUACAGCCGCUUCUGUCUUCUCCUCAUCGUCCUCUUCUUCAUAACCAUCCAAUUCGGCACCGCCCGCACAACCUACCGCAGCAUCUACUUCUCCAUGCUCUCCUUCCUCUAUCUCUCCUUUUGGGUGCCGCAAAUCUACCGCAACACGAUGCGCAAUUGCCGCAGAGCCUUCCGCUGGGACUACGUCAUUGGCACAUCCAUCGUGCGCAUAAUUCCCGUGUCAUACUUCUACCUCAAGGAAGACAACGUCCUCUUCGCGCGCACAGAUAGCACGAGCAUGGCUAUCCUCGCAGGCUGGGUCUGGUGCCAAGUUCUGAUGCUCGCCACGCAAGAAAUCCUCGGACCUAGAUGGUGCGUGAAGAACGAUUGGGUUCCGCCUGCAUACGACUACCACCCCAUUCUCCGCGAGGACGAAGAGGGCGCCACGAUGCCGCUUAAUAUCACCACUGCAGACGGUAUUGAUGCGUCGGCGAAAGCCCCAGGCGAAUCAAAGGACAGGGCGAAGAACAAGAAGGUGUUUGAUUGCAGUAUUUGCGCUCAGGACGUCGAGGUGCCUGUUAUUCCUGCGGGAGGCGCGGAGGAGGGCAUGGGCGGGACGGGCAUGAUUCUGCAGAGGAGGAUGUAUAUGGUUACGCCUUGUCGGCAUAUUUUUCACACGGGUUGUCUUGAAGGGUGGAUGAGGUAUAGGCUCAUGUGCCCGAAUUGUAGAGAGGUGCUGCCGCCGCUUUAG